GCAAAACUUGCAUGGCAUAGAAAGGUAUACCUGAAGUCAUUGAAGCUUGUUGGUUAGAGCUUUUUCUCCUUCUUAAUAGUCGCCUUCCAGCGUAUUUCCACUAUUGAGCCUGGUUACUGUGCUAUAUAGGUGCUUCCAAUCGCAUUUGUUAUUGCGCCAUUGCUAGCCACGCAGCAUACUUCUCGCACAUUUCGAACGGAACCUCUAAGACGGGCGGCACUAGUCAUCGGCGCGCGACCGGGCUGCUCUGAACGGAAAAGCGCUUCUGCGUGCCAGAUGUUGUGAACGCACGUCCCGCUGCUUGCCGCCCAUGCCGCGGCAGCGGCGAGCCGGUGCCUCGGCAUCGGCGGGAGGGCACAGGGACCCUUCCUCAGCACGGGUCCGACACUGGCAGCUGCCAUGUUGGCUGCUGCUGUUCUGCAUGCUCCAAUUGUGUACCCUAAUACACGGCCAUGUUGACGGAGCCAAACCAGGGACGCGUAGCUCAGCCCUGGACAGCGUCAGCUUAGAGGCGGCUUCGGGAACCACCAGCAGCCGGCGACUUGCGCAAACAGACAGUCCGCCUCCGCCGCCGGACCCAUCCCCCCCACCCUCACCGGACCCUUCCCCACCUCCAUCCCCACCGCCACCCCCUCCUUCGCCCCCACCCUCACCACCCCCAUCCCCACCUCCUCCUCCCCCUUCACCCGAUCCUUCCCCGCCCCCUUCGCCUCCGCCACCCAUGCCGCCGGCUUACUCCUUUGGCGGCACGUACGGCGUCGCACCCUGGUUCACCACCAUCAACGGCCGGCGCUGGGCGCUGUUCUCCGACCCCCUCUCCUUCAGCCUCGCGGAGGACUCCUGCCGGCAGCUGGGGGCCCACCUGGCCGACCCCUCUGAUGUCACCGAGUACCAGGCGGUGGUCGAUGCCUACUCCCCCACCUUCUCCUACCUGUCCACCACCGCGGUGUGGCUGGGUGUGAGCGACGCGGACACGGAGGGCUGGUACUACUUCACGGCAGGGCGGGGGACGACUGCCAUGACGGAGGUGAGCCUCACGGACUGGGAGGAGGUCUGGGCGGCUGCGCACUGGUCUCAGGACGGCAGCGCGAAGGACUGCGUGGCGGCCCAGCUGAGCACCUACACGGCCUCCGCCACCCCCUUUGCGGGCGCGUGGGUGGACGCGGACUGCUCCCAGAGCCUGCCGUACUGGUGCGUGGGCGGGAGCUCCUUCGCUGCGCCGCCACCGUGGCCCCCGACCGACGGCACGAGCCCGCCACCGCCGCCCUCGCCGCCACCGCCAUUCGAUGCCUCGUAUCCGAAUUACCCGGAAGUUUCGGUGGUGGUCGGCUAUCACACGUACACCCUGCUGGGCAGCAGCGGCGCCACGCUGUCAUGGGUCGCAGCCCAGCAGCAGUGCGCCGCACUCAGCCCCUCCGGCCACCUGGCCUCCUUUGAGGAUGCGAGCACACUGGCCAGCGUCCGUACGGCGCUGCUGCAGCAGCUCAACGACAACGGCUUCACGGCAUCUACGCUGCCGUACACGCAUUCCUAUAAGGCGCUCUGGAUUGGCUUGCACGCGCGGAGUUCGUCGUACGGCAUAGACUGGAGCUGGUCGGAUCACUCCGUACUUACCUUUUCAGGUUUCGGAUCUUACACGUACGACCUUUCGACCCUACUUACGUCCGGUUCGGUUUGCGCAGCCAUGCAUCUGGACCGCGCGGGUGCGUGGUCGUACGAACUUUGUACGGCAACCCUGCAGUACCUCUGCAAGCAGGCGAAUGUGGCUGCCGCGCCGCCGCCGCCUCCGCCCUCCCCGCCCGUUACCUCCAACCAGCUGCAGCUCCGAUACACGCGCGCCUCCAGCAGCGUCGUCUACACGCUGGUGAUGCAACCCCGGAGUUUCGCCUCUGCGCUGCGGUACUGCGCCGCCCUGGACGCCGGCGGCACCCUAGCCGUGCCGGACAGUGCGCAGGUCUACACGGACGUGAUGUCAGCGGUGCAGGCCUACCUCUCGAGCAACGGAGCCACCGCGGGCGCAUCCGCAAUCGCGCCGCCGCCCGACACCCCGCCGCCGCCGUGGCCUCCGUCCAUGACGGCUCCGCCCAUGUCUGCGCAGGCGGGCGAGUCGGCGUUCUGGAUCGGCAUUCGCUCGUUGAGUGGGCAGUUUGCGUCCCUGGACGGGAUCACGCCGCCGCCGUUUGUCGCGUGGAAGAGCGGAGUGUACACCGGGAUGUGGCCCGUGCUGUCCUGCGUUUCCGUGGAUCCGACGGACCAGUAUUCGUACGUUCCCGCCGGUUGCGCCGUGGAGCUUCCCUUCCUGUGUCAGGCCAGCGCUCCGGAUGCCGCGAUCUCGCCGCCUCCCUCGCCGACGCCGCCGCCUCCACCGCCGCCUGGCAACGCAGCCACCAGCUUGCGACGCGGCCUGUACCUCUACACGUACUACAGCGCCCCAUUGCCGUACUCUCAGGCUGCAGCGUACUGCCGGAAUAACGGCGGUUACCUGGCGUCGUUCCACUCGGCAGCGGAGUUUAGCGCUGUGUGGAGCAGUCUGACGACUUCGCUGUCUGGGAGCGCCGCAAGUGUGUGGAUCGGCUAUGACCAGUUGAGCAGCGGCGAGGCCUCCUUCACCUGGGCGGACGGCGGCCCCUCCGUGUACAGCAACUGGGGGCUGCCGUACACGGACGCGGAGGGAACCGACUGCGCCGCAGCCGACGUGUUGUGGAGCGGGCUCUGGUUCGCCAGCGACUGCCUGGAGCCCUACCCCUUCAUCUGCAAGUCCCUGCGCGGGGUCAACGUGACUGCGGAUGCGCCGCCUCCCGCCACUGCUCCGCCGCCCUCGCCACCGUCCACCUCAAUUUCCUCGGCUCUCAACGUCACGUUGGACAGCUCCACCUUUUGGCUGUACGUGCCUGGCGCUUCUUCCUUCGAGGAGGCGGACGAGCUGUGCACGCAGUACCUGGGCAACCUGGCGUGGUUCGAGGACGCGGCGACGUUCAACGGGGUCAUGGCGCUGCUGAAAGACACGGUGGCGCUGCUCUACGAUCCAUCCAUUUGGAUUGGCCUCCGGCGGGAGUACGUGUCAACCGACAACUGGUUCUGGUACGCCAACGGUACCUCCAACUCCUUCAACGCCUUCAACCCAACCACCUCUGCCUGCACCGCAACCGCCGUGGCAGCCAAGCUGAGCUACGCGCCCGACAACUUUGGUGGCGACCAAACCUGCGUCGCGGCGGAGAUUGUCGCCGACGGCAGCAACUACUGCUACCGCUGGGACGACCGCGCAUGCAGCGACCGCUUGGGAUUCCUCUGCCGCUCAGACGACCGACUCUCGCCCAGCCCCCUAACACCCACGACACCAACAUCCCCGCCCGAUGUACAACCCUACCCGCCGCCGACGCCGCCGCCAAGCUCCGACCCGGCGCCGCCAGGUCCCCCCGAUCCGCCGGUUCCUGGGCUGCCGUACAUUCCCAACUUCCCACCCUCAUGGCCCGACGAGCCGCCUCCCAGCCCCUCCGUCCCUGAGCACAUGACAGCCCCCUGGGCGCCGCCAGCGGAGCCGGAUUCACCUCUCGCGCCCUUCCCGCCACCGCCGCCGCCGCCGCCACCUCCUGCCACGCCGGCACUCCCGCCGCCGCCGAAGCGUGUGCCGCCCUCUCCGCGCCCGCUGCCGCCGCCUGCGGUCCCGGACGCCGGCAUCGCGCCAGGCACUCCCUUCCCGCCCUUCACACCCUUCCCGCCGUCUGCUCCGCCGCCCGGUGAGCCGCUUGCGGCUGAGGCGCCCUCGCCGCCGCCGCCACCUCCACCACCGCCGCCGCCUGGCUGGCCGCCGUCACCUCAGGACGCCUCUGUUGCAUCUCCCCCGCCCCCGCCGCCGCCGCCGCCCCCGCCGGCUGCUCCUACCACCACGAGGGACAGGCCCAGAGCUCCGGACCUUCCCGGACCAUCCCCGCCGCCGCCGGAUGCCCCUGAUAGCUCCGGCAUAUCUCCUCCGCCGCCGCCACCGCCGCCGCCGCCACCUAGACUGCCGCCCAGUCCACGUGAGUCGUCGACUAGCUCGCCGCCGCCGCCGCCCCCACCGCCGCCGCCGCCGGGCUCUCCCGACAGGCCGUCAACCUCGUGGUCGCCAAACGUGCCCUCACCACCUGCUGUUUCGGGCGCCCCAUUGCCACCCCAGUCCACGUCUCCGCCUCCUCCCCCGCCGCCCCCGCCACCUCCUCCCAGGGUGCCACCCUCUCCCGCGCAGCAGGGUCUAUCCUCGCCGCCACCUCCGCCACCCCCGCCCCCUCCUCCUGGCACACCGGAUAUGCCAACGACCUCGGGCUCGCCCAGCAAGCCUUCCCCGCCUGCUGCUUCCGACACGCCAGCGCCACCACAGUCCACCUCUCCGCCGCCACCACCGCCGCCGCCACCCCCGCCGCCUAGCGUGCCGCCCAGUCCACAUCAGGCGUCUUCUGGGUCGCCGCCGCCGCCCCCGCCGCCGCCACCGCCUCCCAGCGCUCCUGACGUGCCAACUGGUUCCGGAGCGCCACAUGCUCCCCCACCACCUGCCGUAUCUCAGGCCCCAUUGCCACCCCAGUCCACCUCUCCACCUCCUCCGCCCCCCCCGCCGCCACCUCCUCCCGCUGUCCCACCCACACCAUCACAGCAGGGUCUAGCCUCGCCGCCGCCGCCUCCGCCGCCGCCCCCACCACCCGGCACACCAAGUAUGCCCUCAACUUCGGGCUCACCCAGCAAGCCGUCGCCGCCCGCUGUGUCUGACACUCCCAUGCCGCCGCAAUCCACCCGGCACUCCGAACAUGCCUUCUACCUCCGGCUCUCCAAGCAAGCCUUCCCCGCCGGCUGUAGUUGAUGCCCCGUUGCCGCCACAGUCCACUUCCCCACCCCCACCGCCACCACCGCCACCACCUCCGCCAGGGCUGCCACCUUCGCCCACUACUCACAGCACUGUCUCGCCGCCGCCACCACCUCCACCGCCGCCGCCGCCCGCCAACCCUGAUGCACCGUCAACCUCCGGCUCACCGCACACACCCUCACCGCCCGCUGUCUCCGGCGCCCCGUUGCCGCCACAGUCCACUUCCCCACCCCCGCCGCCACCGCCGCCACCACCCCCGCCAGGGCUGCCACCCUCGCCAACAACUCACGGUGCCACCUCACCGCCGCCGCCGCCGCCACCGCCGCCGCCGCCCGCCAACCCUGAUGCACCGUCAACCUCCGGCUCACCACACACACCCUCACCGCCCGCUGUCUCCGGCGCCCCAUUGCCGCCACAUUCCAUUUCCCCACCCCCGCCGCCUCCGCCGCCCCCGCCGCCGCCUAGCGUUCCGCCCUCGCCAACAACUCACGGUGCCACCUCACCGCCGCCGCCGCCGCCACCGCCGCCGCCGCCUGCCACCCCUGACGCACCGUCAACCUCCGGCUCACCACACACACCCUCACCACCCGCUGUCUCCGGCGCCCCGUUGCCGCCACAGUCCACUUCCCCACCCCCGCCGCCUCCGCCGCCCCCGCCGCCGCCUAGCGUUCCGCCCUCGCCAACAACUCACGGUGCCACCUCACCGCCGCCGCCGCCGCCACCGCCGCCGCCGCCUGCCACCCCUGACGCACCGUCAACCUCCGGCUCACCACACACCCCCUCACCACCCGCUGUCUCCGGCGCCCCAUUGCCGCCACAUUCCAUUUCCCCACCCCCGCCGCCUCCGC